UCCUUGGAGACCUCAGCAUGCAAGGCAUCAUCCCCCGAAUUGUCAAUGACAUCUUCAAUCACAUAUACUCCAUGGAAGAGCAUUUGGAAUUCCACAUCAAGGUUUCAUACUUUGAGAUCUACAUGGACAAGAUCCGGGAUCUUCUCGAUGUAUCAAAGGUGAAGCUGAGUGUGCACGAAGACAAGAAUCGCGUCCCUUAUGUAAAGGGAGCAACAGAGAGGUUUGUGUCUAGCCCCGAGGAGGUCUUCGAGACGAUCGAAGAAGGCAAAGCCAACCGUCACAUUGCCGUCACAAAUAUGAAUGAGCACAGCAGUCGAAGUCAUAGUGUCUUCCUCAUAAAUGUGAAGCAGGAGAAUUUGGAGAAUCAAAAGAAGCUGUCUGGCAAGCUUUACCUCGUUGAUUUAGCUGGUAGUGAAAAGGUGAGCAAGACAGGAGCUGAGGGAACAGUUCUAGAUGAAGCAAAGAAUAUAAACAAGUCCCUGUCUGCACUGGGAAAUGUCAUAUCUGCCCUUGCUGAUGGCAAUAAAUCACACAUCCCAUAUCGUGACUCCAAGCUCACGAGGAUCUUGCAAGAAUCUCUAGGAGGAAAUGCUAGAACAACGAUCAUCAUUUGCUGCUCACCUGCUUCGUACAACGAUUCUGAGACUAAAUCUACUCUGGAGUUCGGAAAGAGAGCGAAGACAAUCAAGAAUGUGGUGACAGUGAACGAGGAACUUACAGCCGAGGAAUGGAAACGGCGAUACGAAAGAGAGAGGGAUAAAGUGAGUCGGCUGCGGGCUCAACUGGACCGCAUGCAGGCAGAAUUGUCCAGGUGGCGCGGUGGUGAGACUGUCUCUGCAGAUGAACAGGUCAAUCUGAAGGAAGCCUUCCAGGAGGCUAAUGCUACCACUCCUGGUGCUGCUGGAGAUAUUAUACCUGGCUCUUUCCCCAAUGCCCUGCCACCUGCUCCACCUGUGCCAGUAGUGACUGUUUCUGCCCUGUCUGGAGACGAACGGCUAACAUUUGAAGAGGAGAGGGAACGACUAUACAAGCAACUGGAUGAUAAGGAUGAGGAAAUCAACCAGAUGUCUCAAAUGAUUGAAAAGCUCAAAGACCAAAUGCUUGAGCAAGAAGAGGUGAUCACAUCAAGCCGGAAGGAUUAUGAGAACGUCCAGGCCGAGAUGUCUCGGAUCCAGCAGGAGAAUGAGUCAGCCAAGGAAGAGGCCGAGAUGUCUCGGAUCCAGCAGGAGAAUGAGUCAGCCAAGGAAGAGGUAAAGGAGGUGCUUCAGGCCCUGGAGGAACUUGCCCUGAAUUAUGACCAAAAGAGCCAGGAGGCAGAGAGCAAGAUGCGUGAAAAUGAAAGCCUCUCUGAGGAGGUGCAGCAGAAACAGGUGAUCACAUCAAGCCGGAAGGAUUAUGAGAACGUCCAGGCUGAGAUGUCUCGGAUCCAGCAGGAGAAUGAGUCAGCCAAGGAAGAGGUAAAGGAGGUGCUUCAGGCCCUGGAGGAACUUGCCCUGAAUUAUGACCAAAAGAGCCAGGAGGCAGAGAGCAAGAUGCGUGAAAAUGAAAGCCUCUCUGAGGAGGUGCAGCAGAAACAGAGUCUGCUGCAUACUACCAAUUCAGAGUUGCAGCAGAGCAAGGACAUGGCCAUGCUGCAGAGAAGACGUAUUAGUGAGAUGCUUACAAGUCUCCUCAAGGAUCUCAGUGAAAUUGCCACUACCUUGGGGCAGAACACUGCAGAUGUGAAGGUAAACUAUAUGUUGUCAAAUGAAGAGAACGGGAAAAUGGAGGAAGAAUUCACAGUGGCCCGCUUGGUUGUCUCCAAGAUGAGAUCUGAAGUGAAAAAUCUUGCCCAGAAGUUGGCCCGCUUGGUUGUCUCCAAGAUGAGAUCUGAAGUGAAAAAUCUUGCCCAGAAGUGUGAAGCCAUGUCUUCAAACCAGACUGAGUUGAAGUCAAAGAUGGAGACGUAUGAGAAAGAAUUGUCAACCUGUCGUCUGAACAUGCAAGGCUAUGAGGCACGUGUGAAAAGCCUCCAGGAGUCGAUGAAAGAGGGGGAAAACCGUAAGAGAGCACUUGAAGAGACUGUGGAUGCUUUACAAGAGGAGUGCGCUAAGCUCAAGGCUCAAGAACAAAUGACUGCAGUGGCGAGUAAGGAGCGAGCAGAAAAAGAGGAAGUGCAUCGUAUCAAGGAAGCCCUGGAGCAGCAGAUCCUGGUCGUGUCUCUCGUCGUAGUCGCGGUUGAACGACGAGAAGCACUACUCUAUCGACUGUUCGUCGUCUGCAUGAACCAGAAGUUGAACCUGUCUCAGGAGAAGCUGCUGAUAGACUAUGAACGUCUGAAGAAGAUCGAAGAGGAUAAGACCCAAAAACUCAGAGAACUUACAAUGCUGAGUGACCAGAGAGAGCUAGCCAAGCAGGACCUGAAGGGGCUUGAGGAAACUGUUGCCAAGGAGUUGCAGACCCUUCACAAUCUGCGCAAAAUGUUUGUUCAAGACCUUCAAAACAGGGUCGAGAAAAGUGCAGCAGGAGAGGAAGUGGAGGAAGGAGGAUCACUGGCUCAAAAACAGAAGAUCAGCUUCUUGGAGAACAACCUCGAUCAGCUGACCAAGGUCCACAAGCAACUGGUUCGUGACAAUGCAGAUCUGCGCUGCGAAUUGCCCAAGCUGGAAAAGAGGCUGAGGGCUACGAUGGAGCGUGUGAAGGCUCUGGAAGGUGCGCUCAAGGAAGCCAAGGAGAGUGCUAUACGGGACCGCAAGCGAUAUCAGUUUGAAGUGGACCGCAUCAAGGAAGUAUGGCGACAAAAGAAUCUCGCCCGACGUGGUCAUGCUGCCCAAAUA